GCGAAGGUGUAGUUCGGACCUUGGGCCACAAUCAAAUUAUAAAAUUUUAUUUAUAGGACUUCCUUUCUUAGGUUUUCCGGGGUGCUGAGCCGCGGGAGGGUUUCUGCAGAUCCAAAUCGUCGGCAUCUCUUGCCGGCUUACCUUUCGCCUCCUCUGCUGAGUCUCUACCUUUAUCUUGUUCUGUCUCUCGCCCGCCUUCAUCGUCUCCGUCUCCGCUGGUUCUCGUCAUGUCGGGAGAGGAGGAAGAGAACGCUGCUGAAUUAAAGAUCGGGGAUGAGUUUUUGAAGGCCAAAUGUCUGAUGAAUUGUGAAGUUGCUCGAAUUCUCGAUCACAAAUACGAUCAACUCCAGCAGAUGUCUGCUGAUCCUACAAACCAGAUCUCCCAAGUAUUUGAGAAAUCAAUGCAAUAUGUCAAACGCUUUAGUAACUACAAGAACACAGAUGCAGUGAGGCAAGCACGAGAAGUUCUAAGCAGAUACAAAUUAGCGGAGUUUGAGGUAUGGCCAUUUUUUCGCUUGAAAUUCCCGAGGCAUCUCGUAACAUUUAACCAUAUUAAUGUUCAUUUGCAGCUUUGUGUACUGGGAAAUCUCUGUCCUGAUACUGUUGAAGAAGCUAUUGCAAUUGUCCCAUCUAUCAAGAGCAAAGGUCGGAAGCUGGAAGACGAUGCGAUUGAGAAAAUGCUGCACGAUCUCUCGUUGAUCAAGAAAUUUGAGUAGCACGCUAACACGAUGGAUGGAGUAAUUGCUGGAACCAACACUGAUAGUCGAGGCAUUGCUCUUAGAAUCGAUAUGUUGUGCCCACUGUUUAAUUCUAUCGCAGGAAACUGGUGCUUUGGAUACAAGCAUUGUAGUAGUAGGAAUUGUCCGUUGGUAGUGUUGCACUUUUGUUUUAAGAUCAGCUUUACACUUUAUAAAAUUAUAAUUAUUUUAA